AAAGGCACAAAGGUACUAGGGCAUGGACAUAGUAGGCACUAACUAAAAGCUGCCAAAUAGGAGAAGGAAUGCAGUUAAACCAUCCUAAUGCAGAAUCACAUGCAGUUGUCAAACGCCAGAAAAAAAUGGUGGGAGUACCUGUAGACUACGGACAGCCAGGUCCUGGCUGGAUUUCAGUCUCGGCCUCUCCACUUGAUCCGGGACUUCUCCACUUGACCCUCGUAUGAGCCGCACCGCCUACACUGUGGGAGCCCUGCUUCUCCUCCUGGGCACUCUGUUGCCAACUGCUGAAGGGAAAAAAAAAGGGUCCCAGGGCGCCAUCCCCCCGCCAGACAAGGCCCAGAACAACGACUCUGAGCAGACUGAGUCGCUGCAGCAGCCCGGCUCCAGGAACCGGGGGCGGGGCCACGGGCGGGGCACCGCGAUGCCAGGGGAGGAAGUGCUGGAGUCCAGCCAGGAGGCCCUCCACGUGACCGAGCGCAAAUACCUGAAGCGAGACUGGUGCAAAACUCAGCCGCUUAAGCAGACCAUCCACGAGGAGGGCUGCAACAGCCGCACCAUCAUCAACCGCUUCUGCUACGGCCAGUGCAACUCCUUCUACAUCCCCAGGCACAUCCGGAAGGAGGAAGGUUCGUUCCAGUCCUGCUCCUUCUGCAAACCCAAGAAAUUCACCACCAUGAUGGUCACCCUCAACUGCCCUGAACUACAGCCGUCCACCAAGAAGAAGAGGGUCACACGUGUGAAGCAGUGUCGUUGCAUAUCUAUAGAUUUGGAUUAAGUCACGCCCACGCAAAACCAGCCUGUCCUAGGGACGCAACCCCAGAGCCAGACCUAAAACAACCCGAUUCUUACUUGGCUUAAACCUAGAGGCCAGAAGAACCACCAGCUGGCUCCUGGCAGAAGCCUGCUUAUGCAUAGUUUGUGUGCAUGGGUGCCUGUGGGUGUAUUCAGACACCAGAAUAAACACGUUUCUGCUCAAGGCCA